ACCCAAAACAGUUAUCUUCCAUUAAUGAUCUUUACCCACCCACAUGGCCUGGCACAGAGCAGCAAGACCUUGGUUCACACUCCCUCUCCUCAGACACCAUCACUGUCCUUCACCCGCUGUCCUCCAGGUGGGGUCUCCAUGGCAAUGUCCUCAGCCCACCACCCUACUAUCCCUCAUCAGACAAUGGUCCCAACACUCCGCUACUGGCACCUCCACUAGUCAGUACAGGGAACUAAGAGAGCUAGUAAGUUCUGGACAAUAUGAUAGAGCGCUGGAUUUGUGGGAAGAGUCUAAGAUGAGUGGUAGCAUGGACACGGACAGUUACACCAUUGUCAUGGCAAUGUGUGAGAGGUUGGGUAGCUCGGAGGCUGCACUGGCCCUGAGGGAGGACAUGAAGUCACAGGGGCUGGCAAUGGAGGACAGAUGUUGUCUCCACUUAGUGACCACCCUCAUUGCUGAUGACAAGGCUGGGGAGGCUGUGGAGGUCAUGAGGGGGGAGUGGCUGCAGACUGGUACGUGCUUCCUACCAGUAGUAGCUAAACAGUUACUAGAUAACAAGCAUCCUGCACUGGCUCUGGAGGUGUGCUCGCUGACCCCUGACCCCUCCCACCCCCUCCUGUGUGUACAGCUGGAGUGUCUUGGUUCCCUCGGACAAGUGGAGGAAAUGCAACAACUCUUGGAGGAGGUGUCUGUUGGUGUUGAGAGUGAUUCGUUGCAAGUGGCCUUUGUUAAUGGCUUGUCACUGGCUGGCCUCCACCACAGAGCAAUGGAGCAUCUCUCUAGUCUCAAGUGUAUUGCUAGCCCACGGACACUGUGUCUGUUACUAGAGGCCACCAGGAGAGGGGAGGAUGUGGGAUCAGCUGCUGCUCUGUUCCACACACUCUGGGAGCAAACCUUCACUCUUAAGGAUCUCUCUGUCCAGUUCCUCCAGACAUCAGUGUCAGCUGCUGAAGAGGACAGGAGCUCUUACCUGCUCAGAGCUGCCAAUGCUUGUCUCCACCUUCAAGCCCUAGCUCUGAGGGACACUGCAUCAGAACACAGUGAAGCUGAAGAGCAGUUCUUGAGUUAUGAUUUCCCCUCAUUCCUUCAUCAACAAAGUGUGUAUCCCGACCAGCACACAUACGCAACAUUGUUACUGAGGCUGUGUUUUGAUGAGGGGUCUCUAGACACCGCUGAUCGUGCCAUCAAGUCUCUGUUCCAGUGUGGUUCACCUUUGACCUCCGAGGCCUUUGUCGAGUGGGCGGGACACUGCGGCCCAAUCACCCCUCAACAAGCUAACAGGGUGUUGGGUUUAAUUCGUCGUAAUUUCCGUGCCCGCUAUGAUAUUCGACUGACACUGGAGGACUAUGUGCGGCUGUUGGGGGUGGAGCUUGUGUGUGGAGGGGACCCCAAGCAACUCACACACUCAUUCAGCUACAUCAGGACCAUCAAGAAUACAAUGUCCAACCAGGGGCUACUCACAGAGACCAGUCACUGGUACCCUAUCAUCAGUUCCCUAGCAACACUAGGCCCAGUGGGGGGACCCCUGUUCAUUACCUAUGACAUGCGGAGUGGAGCCUAACCUGCACAUGUACAAGAUCAUAGCCAGUGCUGCACAGACCAACAGCACAGCUGCCCACUCGGCAGCAGUGGACUGGUGGAGAAUGCUCAACUCUAGAGUGAAGCCAGAUGUAGAGUUAAUGAACACGCUGAUCCGCUGCUGUGAGGUGUGUGGGGAGUGGGAGAGAGGUUUCCUGUUCCUGGGGCUGUUCGAGCAGUGCCAACUAUCACCUGACAUGGACACCUUUGAUGCCCUCUUUAAGAUCUGUGAUGCUACAAGAGACCAUGAUCGACUGAUUGCUCUGAGCUCACUAGCAGAGACAAUACUACCACAGCAACGAGAUCAUGUGAGAGAUGAAGUCCAGAGAAUACACAACAAUUGGACUCAUAAUGAACAGCAUCAUUCAGAGUCAGAAUAGUAGCUACACAAUGUCGUCAUUAAUAUUAGUGGUUGUGCUUAUUUGUGGGAUUUUUUCUCAUGUUCAACUUGACAGCGUUUUUGAAU